CAACGUUGCACAUGGCGAUUGCGACUGCCCGGUCGCCAUUUCAGUAGUCAUCAUGCCCCGGGAAGCCGAGCCGUCUCUCUCAGAACGAACGUUUGUGCUGAAAGCCCUCGAGGAGGGGCUGCGGGUCGACAACCGCAAGUUUGAUCAGUUCCGGCCGCUGCAACUCUCGUUUGGCGACGAGUAUGGCGUCGCAGACGUGCAAUGCGGCAAGACGCGGUAUGGCCCGGUGAUCCAACACACACACACACACACACACUAUAUAUAAAGCAACAACAACGAUAAUCAUCAGAGGUCAAAAAGAGGAAAAGUCGCUGACAGUCCCCCGCAGAGUCGUCGCCAAAGUCUCCGCAGAGGUGACGGUCCCGUACGCGGACCGCCCCUUCGACGGCGUCUUCACCAUCACGUCGGAGCUCAGCCCCAUGGUGGCGCCGUCGUUCGAGGUCAACCGCCCGACCGAGGCCGAGGUGCUCCUGUCGCGGCUCCUGGAGAAGACGGUGCGCCGCUCCGGGGCGCUCGACACCGAGUCGCUGUGCCUCGUCGCGGGGCAAAAGUGCUGGUCCGUCCGCGCCGACCUGCACGUCCUCUCGCACGACGGCAACCUCAUCGACGCGGCCUGCCUGGCCGUCGUCGCCGCCCUGCGCCACUUCCGCAAGCCCGAGACCAGCAUCGAGGGCGAGGCCCUCACCGUGUACACGGCGGCCGAGCGCGAGCCCGUGCCGCUGAGCUGGCUGCACUCGCCCUUUUGCGUCACCUUUAGCUUCUUUGGCGAGGGAGGCGACACCAUCCUGCUGGACGCGACGUGGCUCGAGGAGCAGCUCCGCGUCAGCAGCUGCACGUUUAGCCUCAACAAGCAUGGCGAGAUCUGCCAGGUCUCCAAGCUGGGCGGGGCCGACAUCGACGCACCCGUCUUCGUCCAGUGCGCGCAGACGGCGCUCAGCAAGUCAAAGGAGUUCACGGACCUGUUGGACCGCAAGCUGACCGAGGACGCCAAGAGGAGAGACAAGGGUGGGUUCAUGGCAGAGUUGAGGGCGGAAAACGAAAGGUAGACGUGGCGUGGGGGGAUACUGAACGAGCACCUGAUGGACACUGGCGCAAUACGGUAGAACAAAAAUGAGGCAUGAUGAUACCCCCAAACAAAACGCUAUCCUGGCUGGCGGCAGCAAACCCCGACGGAACCCGUGCAAGAGGUGCCUCGUGCCAGCCACGCAAUGUGACGAG